UUGCGCAAAAGCCGGACUGAGUCUCGGAUGAGCUGGGAAAGAUUCUCACAGCAGAGCGAUGGGGAGAGGAGCAGACCGCCGGCUCCGGGCCGUGAAUGAGAAGAUGUAGGGCCGUGACAGUCCUGGUGACACCUGCUGGGAGCUUGGUGUGGACACCCCAGCCCAGCCCAGCCCAGCUGGAGAGCCCUGCCCCUGGGCGUCCCCCCGGCCAUCCAGCCUCACCAUGUCCAAGCGGGGCAUGGGCAGCCGGGCCAAGGGGGACAAGGCGGAGGCCCUGGCAGCGCUGCAGGCGGCCAACGAGGACCUUCGAGCCAAGCUCACAGACAUCCAGAUCGAGCUGCAGCAGGAGAAGAGCAAGGUCAGCAAAGUGGAACGUGAGAAGAACCAGGAGCUGAGGCAGGUGCGCGAGCAUGAGCAGCACAAGACUGCGGUCUUGCUCACGGAGCUGAAGACGAAGCUGCACGAGGAGAAGAUGAAGGAGCUGCAGGCCGUGCGUGAGGCGCUGCUUCGGCAGCAUGAGGCCGAGCUGCUCAGGGUCAUCAAGAUCAAGGACAACGAGAACCAGCGGCUGCAGGCGCUGCUCAGUGCCCUGCGAGACGGCGGCCCCGACAAGGUCAAGACCGUGCUGCUGUCCGAGGCCAAGGAGGAGGCCAAGAAGGGCUUCGAGGUGGAGAAGGUCAAGAUGCAGCAGGAGAUCUCUGAGCUCAAGGGUGCCAAGAGGCAGGUGGAGGAGGCGCUGACGCUGGUGAUCCAGGCGGACAAGAUCAAGGCUGCGGAGAUCCGCAGCGUGUACCACCUGCAUCAGGAGGAGAUCACCCGCAUCAAGAAGGAGUGUGAGCGGGAGAUCCGCAGGCUGAUGGAGGAGAUAAAAUUUAAAGACAGAGCAGUCUUCGUGCUGGAGAGAGAGUUAGGGGUUCAAGCCGGGCAUGCUCAGAGACUGCAGCUCCAAAAGGAAGCUCUAGAUGAGCAGCUGUCCCAGGUCCGAGAGGCCGACCGGCACCCGGGCAGCCCCAGACGGGAACUUCCUCAUGCAGCCGGUGCAGGAGACGCUUCAGACCACUCGGGAAGCCCUGAACAGCAGUUGGAUGAAAAGGAUGCCCGGCGCUUCCAGCUGAAAAUCGCGGAGUUGAGUGCCAUCAUCCGCAAGCUAGAGGACCGGAACGCCUUGCUCUCAGAGGAGAGGAACGAGCUGUUAAAGCGUGUGAGAGAAGCUGAGAGUCAGUACAAGCCGCUGCUGGAUAAGAACAAGCGUCUCAGCCGGAAGAACGAGGAUUUGUCUCACGCUUUACGCCGCAUGGAAAACAAGUUAAAAUUUGUCACCCAGGAGAACAUAGAGAUGAGGCAGAGGGCUGGAAUCAUACGGAGACCCAGUUCCUUGAAUGACCUGGAUCAAAGUCAGGACGAGAGAGAAGUCGAUUUCUUGAAGCUUCAGAUUGUGGAGCAGCAAAACCUCAUAGAUGAGCUUUCUAAGACGCUGGAGACCGCCGGCUACGUGAAGAGCGUGUUGGAGCGGGACAAGCUGUUAAGAUUUCGGAAGCAAAGAAAGAAAAUGGCAAAACUUCCCAAGCCGGUUGUUGUGGAGACCUUCUUUGGAUACGAUGAAGAGGCCUCCCUGGAAUCGGAUGGUUCUUCCAUCUCUUACCAAACGGACAGGACGGACCAGACCCCGUGCACCCCGGACGAUGACUUGGAGGAGGGCAUGGCCAAGGAGGAGACGGAGCUGCGGUUCCGGCAGCUGACCAUGGAGUACCAGGCCCUGCAGCGCGCCUACGCCUUGCUGCAGGAGCAGGUCGGAGGGACGCUGGACGCAGAGCGAGAAGUUAAGACCCGUGAGCAGCUACAAGCCGAAGCACAGAGGGCGCAGGCGCGGAUCGAGGACCUGGAGAAGGCCCUGGCGGAGCAGGGGCAGGAUAUGAAGUGGAUUGAAGAGAAGCAAGCACUGUACCGGAGAAACCAAGAGCUUGUGGAAAAGAUCAAACAAAUGGAGGCAGAGGAGGCUCGGCUCAGACACGAGGUGCAGGAUGCCAGAGACCAAAACGAGCUGCUGGAGUUCCGGAUCCUGGAGCUUGAGGAGAGGGAGAGGAAGUCGCCCGCCAUCAACUUCCACCACACGCCCUUCGUGGAUGGGAAGAGCCCCCUGCAGGUGUACUGCGAGGCCGAAGGCGUGACGGACAUCGUGGUGGCAGAGCUGAUGAAGAAGCUGGACAUCCUGGGCGAUAACGCCGUAAGUAAUCUGACCAAUGAGGAGCAAGUGGUUGUCAUACAAGCCAGGACAGUCCUGACCUUGGCCGAGAAGUGGCUCCAGCAGAUUGAGGAGGCAGAGGCGGCACUGCAGCGGAAGAUGGUGGAUCUGGAGAGCGAGAAGGAGCUGUUCAGUAAGCAGAAGGGCUACCUGGACGAGGAGCUGGACUACCGGAAGCAGGCCUUGGACCAAGCCCACAAGCACAUCCUGGAGCUGGAAGCCAUGCUGUACGACGCCCUGCAGCAGGAGGCCGGGGCCAAGGUGGCUGAGCUGCUGUCGGACGAGGAGCGCGAGAAGCUCAAGGUGUCCGUGGAGCAGUGGAAGCGUCAGGUCAUGAGUGAGCUGCGGGAGCGGGACGCCCAGAUCCUGCGGGAGCGCAUGGAGCUGCUGCAGCUGGCUCAGCAGAGAAUUAAAGAGUUAGAAGAAAGAAUAGAAGCUCAGAAGAGACAAAUAAAGGAACUGGAGGAAAAGUUUUUAUUUUUGUUCUUGUUCUUCUCCUUAGCUUUCAUUCUCUGGUCGUAGCCCAUCUUGGCACGAGUGCCCCACGUUGAAUUGGACCCUUUUCCUCCAGUGGGACCAGAGAGCAGGGACACAGUGGGACGUCACGUCUCCACCCUGAAGACCCAGGGAGGUUUGGUCUCUGUGUGCCCGUCCCGUGGAGGAAGAGUGAGGAGGGACAGCGUGCGUGGCACAGAGCUCCCGUCCACCGUGGAUGCACCGGAACCAGAACUGGCCCCUCUGACUUCUCGGGGGCUUCUCCCGGGGAGCCCACCCUUGGCUGCUGGACCCUGGGUCCCUUCUCCUGGACGGCAGCCCCCAUCCCAGUUCCAGGGAUGGGUGACGUCCCUGCCAAGCAGGGGUGAGAACCGCUUCUGUGAGAAGCACCAGACUCAGGCCCCUGCCUCUCUCGGUUCUCACUGUAGCUGCCACUGGUAUCUGGAGGAAGAUUUUCAGAAACAACAGA